AUGAGUGGAGGUGGGCAGGAGAGGGAGGGGGUCACUUAUGGCAUGGGGAGGGAAGGGGUCACAGAGCUCCCGCAGGAAAAAGUCGAUGGAAACGAGGUCAUGAACGGCCUGCAGGUCAAGGUUAGUGAGGACAAGGUCACUGACACGUCUUCUGUUCUAGAGAACAGACGUGCUUCAACUGACAAGUUCAAGGACGUGGGCAGCAGGUCGUGUGACGUCAGAGGGAGCAGCUGUUGUGAGAGUGCCGGUGUGCGGCAUCAGCCUGCAGCAGGGUCCCUGUCUAUAGCUCAGCACGAGAGGCCCGCACAGUCGCGCGAUGCACCUGGACCCGGGGGUGGAGCGACGUCUCAGCCAGCGGCGUGUUCCAGCCACACACCCCCAGUCGGCCUGGUGACGGGAGACGAGCUGCCCGUGGGGGAGACGAGAGAAGGUCCGCCAUCACCCGCCCAGCCUGCCACCAGCCUAGACGAAAAAAACCAUGCACCUCCUACCUGGCCAGCGCAGAGGGAAUUAUUGACUGCAGGCGUCCGUGUUUCACUAGCAGACGUCACGCCAGAGGCCGUUCAUUUGUUUAAAAGUUUGGGCGGGGAAGUUUUAGAUGGUUUACAGACUGAGUCUAGCACCAGCAGACAAACUGGGCGCCACUUCAAGACACCAGCGUUCACACGUCAUGCCGGCAAACAGGUCACAGACCAGAGCUUAGGUGCCGGCAGACCGGUCACAGACCAGAGCCUUAGUGCCGGCAGACCGGCCACAGACCAGAGCCUUAGUGCCGGCAGACCGGCCACAGACCAGAGCCUUAGUGCCGGCAGACCGGUCACAGACCAGAGCUUAGGUGCCGGCAGACCGACCGGUCACAGACCAGAGCCUUAG